CGCACCCGGGUACUCGCCGGUGUGCCCGCCCGUCGCAAAUCCGUCCCGCGCCCCUCGUCAAAACUUCGCGCCCUCCCGCCGAGGUUGGCAGCGCCGACAGCCUUGGCCGACCCGCCCCGAGUCUUGUGGAUCCUUCGCGAAGGCAGUGGCCCAUUCAAAGACUUCUCGCAGCGCGGCCGUCCGUUCCGGUCACAUCCUUCCGCCGUCGUCUCGUGUCGCGUCGCUCGCAUCCUUCGGCGCUGACACACGGGAGCAGCCGCGGCCGAGCGUCCAGGCGGUUACGUAAAGCGAUAACACCCCGGCCCCCACCUCCGCGCCCCGUGGCAGUGUCUGCAGCGCGCCCGCAGCCUACGGACCUCUCUCAACAUGGCUCCCGUUCAAGCCGGUUCGCACGGUUUUGAUUAUGACCUGGUGGUCAUUGGUGGUGGUUCAGGAGGCUUGGCUGCUGCUAAGGAGGCUGUCUCUCUUGGAAAGAAAGUAGCUGUUUUAGACUUUGUUGAUCCUUCACCCCGUGGUACCACAUGGGGUUUGGGUGGUACUUGUGUCAAUGUUGGCUGCAUUCCAAAGAAGUUGUUCCACCAGGCUGCCCUCCUCGGAGAGAGCCUCCAUGAUGCUGGCUGCUUUGGCUGGAACAUUCCUGAAAGGAAAUCUAUUUCCCUGGAUUGGGCUAAACUGAGGGAAUCAGUACAAAACCACAUCAAAUCUGUCAAUUGGGUUCUUAGAGUUGAGCUGAGGGAUAAGAAAGUUGAAUAUAUUAAUGCUCGGGGAUCGCUCAUUGAUACUCAUACUGUCCAUGCUAAGCUCAAAAAUGGAUCUGAGCGUGAGCUGAAGACUGAGCAUGUACUCUUAGCAAUGGGUGGCCGACCUAUUUACCCUGAUAUUCCUGGUGCAGUAGAAAAUUGCAUCACUAGUGAUGACAUCUUCAGUUUACCUGAGGCUCCUGGAAAGACCCUUGUUAUUGGAGCUGGUUACAUUGGUCUUGAGUGUGCUGGUUUCCUCAAUGAGUUCGGAAUGGAUGCCACCGUCAUGGUGCGAUCCACUGUACUGCGUGGAUUUGACCAGCAGAUGGCAGGUCUCAUCUCUGAGGAAAUGAAAUCCCGUGGUGUCAAGUUCCUCCACAAAACUGUACCUGUUCGUAUGGAUAAGCAAGCUGAUGGCAAAAUUAAAGUUACCUGGAAGUCACUUGAAAAUAAUUCAGAAUCAUCCGACUUGUUUGAUACUGUUUUAAUGGCAACUGGCCGUCGUCCCCUAACUUUGGAGGUCAAGGCUGAUCAGGUUGGAGUGAAACUACACCCUGAAUCCAAGAAGGUUGUCAGUGAGAAGGAGUUGACAAAUAUUCCAAACAUCUUUGCUGUUGGAGAUAUUCUGGAGGGUAAACCAGAGUUGACUCCUGUGGCUAUUCAAGCUGGCAAACUUCUGGCUCAGCGCCUCUAUAACAAUGGUAAAAUUGAAAUGGACUACGAUAAUGUUGCCACUACAGUUUUCACUCCUCUGGAGUACGGCUGCUGUGGACUUAGUGAAGAGGAGGCCAUCAGGAGGCAUGGAGAUGAUAACAUUGAGGUAUAUCAUGCAUUCUACAAGCCCACUGAGUUCUUUGUACCUCAGCGUAGCCCGGCACGAUGCUACAUGAAGGUGGUUUGCCUGAGAGCAGCACCACAGAAGGUUCUUGGCAUGCACUACACUGGACCUCAGGGAGGAGAAGUUAUUCAGGGAUACGCAGCAGCUAUCAAGAUGGGACUUACAAUGGAAGUUCUUAUGGACACAGUUGGAAUCCACCCCACCGUCUCUGAAGAGUUCACCCGCCUCUGGAUCACCAAGCGAUCUGGUAUUGACCCCACCCCACAGAGCUGCUGCAGUUAAAUUGUCAUUUGUCACUCAUUGAAAUUUUCCUAGGUGCUUUUUGAAAAAAGACCAUGAGUACUUAAAACACUCACUAAACAUAAAAGCUAAGUUCACUACUUUGUUUCACAUCAUUACAUAGCACCAAUAAUUUUAUUCCAAACUCAGUUCUGUCAGAAUUACUAACAGUGAAAUGGCACACAUUUAAGGGCAUUAUAAAAAACCUGCCUCAUGUGUUAAUUCUUUCCCAUUUGUGUUUUGUUGCAUACUUUUUUCUCAUUUCACUUUUGCAAAAGCUUCUAGGUAUGCAGGCAUAGUUACUUGAGUGGUUCAUGUUCUUGUUGUGUGGAUUUCAUGAAUAGAAUUCUGUGUAGGACAAUAACUAGGUCUCACUUUGUAUUCUAGGCUAACAUGAACAAGUUAUUUUAGAGGAAAUAUUGUGAUAGUGUAAUGCGUACUAUGGAAAUGUCAUGUUCCAAUUUUUACGACUGUUAUAUUUUUUAAAUGUUGAAGUUGCUGGUAUCAACUAUUAUGCUAAAUCCAAGUAUGAAAUUGUUGUUGAAUGCAAGUGGAAGUUCACAAUUUUUGUAAACUCUUGUGCUGGUUUGUUUUCAUGAUCUUUGGUUUGUUGGUUUCAGUAUUUAUCCUAUCAUUUUUUCAACUGAAGUAUUUUUGUACUUGUUCUAUUAUUUAAACUUCAAUGCUUUUAUUAGGAAAAUAAAGCUCCAUUUUUUAAAAAUCUCUA